UUAUACAACUGGAGACGGUACACAUUGUCAGUGGUGAAUUUCUUAUUUUUGGAAUUACUGCCUAUUAAAAUAAUCGCAAGGUCAUUACAGACGAUUAUAUGUGUGAAGACCAACAUGGUUUAUGCCUUCACCAAUGAAAUGGGCAUGAAGGAAAAGUUAAUGACGUGUGCAUUUAGAAUGGGGAUCUCCAAGCUUUUUUCACAAAUGAACGUGGCCGAGAGCUACGCAUGUAAUUUACAGCUGGUAAUCGAGGUUCUCCUCAGGAGGGGGGGGGACUACUCCGAUAUGGAAGCCAUCAAGGUGUUCAGCGGUGUGGCGGAAUGCUGGGCCCUGUGCCGGGCGCAACUAGCCUCUGUCAUAGAGCUACUGGCUCAAGAGGCCAUGAGAAAAAUCUGUGACCUCGCCAUUGACGAAUCAAAGGUUUUGCGUCUGGAAGUGACUAAGAGUCUAAAUGAGAUUGGAACUCUCAAGAGGAAAUUGGAGCUGAUGGACAAAGAGCUGAGUAUUGUGCAGCCAGGUGCAGCAGGAGACAGACCCUUAAAAACCCAUUCUGUUGGAGUGCAGGAUGCCUGUGAAUUAAGAGCAACGGAAACAGAGGAGCCACAGUCUGCCGUUGUCAGCUUGUGUGCUGAUGCAGUCCCCACAGUCGUGGAAGAGGAAUUCACUCCAUUGGACCAUGUCGUCAUGAUAGCAGAGCCUUCUAAAGUGGACAACAGGAUUGAGUCCGUAAUUAUUAAGGAGGAACGGCUUGAAGAGGAUUUGGAGAGCCAUCCUCUGGAGGGGAGACUGGGCUCCAGUAAAGAGGUGGAGCCACAGUCUGCCGUUGUCAGCUUGUGUGCUGAUGCAGUCCCCACAGUCGUGGAAGAGGAAUUCACUCCAUUGGACCAUGUCGUCAUGAUAGCAGAGCCUUCUAAAGUGGACAACAGGAUUGAGUCCGUAAUUAUUAAGGAGGAACGGCUUGAAGAGGAUUUGGAGAGCCAUCCUCUGGAGGGGAGACUGGGCUCCAGUAAAGAGGGGCCUACUGUGCUUGCCGCUGCUGCAGAGAAAGCUCCUGUUGCGUAUCAGAACUGUGUGGAGGAAAUCAGCUUGCAUAGCGAAGGCCUUGCCUGUGCAGAAGGACAGCCCAUGCCAGCCAGGCCUGGUGACAACGGGAGCCUACUCAACGGCAAGUGUUUCAAGAAACGAAACGACACAAAGAGCCGCAGAAGAGGUGAUGCCAACGGCGAAAAACCACUCAUCUGCACCCACUGUAAGAAGAGCUUUGCUACACUGCUGGAUCUGAAGACACACCGGCUUGGCCACUCUGCUGAGCGACCUUACAGCUGUACAGCGUGUGGGAAGAGCUUCACGCUGCAGUGCAGACUCAGACUGCACAUGCGCACUCACACCGGGGAGAAACCGUUCUGCUGUGAUGUUUGCGGCAAGACUUUUAGACGCGCUUACGAUCUGAAAAAGCACCAGAUAGUCCACACUGGAGAAAGGGCGUUCAGCUGUCAGCUUUGCGGGAAGAGUUUCACAAUCGAGGGCAACCUUCAUAGGCAUCAGCGAAUUCACACCGGCGAGAAACCGUUUCUCUGCACUUUAUGCGGGAAGAGUUUCAAUCAAGCCGGCACUCUUCAGUCCCACAAGCGAAUUCACACGGGCGAGAAACCGUACGUCUGCGCGACGUGUGGGAAGAGAUUCAGUCUGAAAAGCAGAGUUAAGGCGCACCAGCAGGUGCACGGCGGAGGCAAGGCGCAUGCGUGCGUGGUGUGUGGAAAGGGCUUCGGCACGGCGGGUCCCCUCCGGACUCACCUGCUGACCCACGCGGGAGAGAACCCCUGCACGUGUGCCCGGUGCGGAGAGACGCUGACCUCUCUCAGGAGUCACGAGCAGUGCCACGCCGGGCUCAAAGCUUUCGUUUGUGUCGUCUGCGGGAAAAGCUUCAGGACUACGGGGUCCCUCAAAAUUCACGAGAAAACCCACUCUGCCGGCAAGCGAUUCAGCUGCCAGUUGUGUGGCAAAACUUUCACUCAGCGGAGUAGCCUUAACACGCACCAAUAUAUCCAUACGGGUGAAAAGCCCUUCAGCUGUGACAUGUGUGGAAAGAGCUUCCGAAUUGUGGGCAAUCUUAACAGACACCGACGGAUACACACUGGAGAGAAGCCGUAUCACUGUUUUCAGUGUGGGAAGAGUUUUAAUCAAGUGGACAGCCUUAAAGCCCACGAACUAAUUCACACAGGAGAGAAACCAUACGUGUGCGAUAAAUGUGGAAAACGUUUUGCUCACCUGAGGAAUCUUAAAGGCCACAAGUGUGUGUUUGGCUGAAUGAGCUCCUGUCAUGUUCCCUGUUGUGUUUGAGGUUUUCUCGUCCAAUAAUAAGAUUAAUUCAUAUUUCAAUGUAAUGGUCCAAUUAAUAUUUGCAUCUAAAGCAGUAAAGGCCAUUCCGGCUUGCACACAUUGGACCAUGACAUUGUGUUUUUGUACGUGAAGGGACAUCAAUCAAGAAUCAUUUGAAAAGAGGCCUACUGAUUCCACACGUUGAGUUUGAGCAUGAAUGGAGAAGCGGUAUAUAUUAUCAGUAUCUUAUGUAGGUACCUGAUUUUAAGUAAGGUAAGUGAUUUUAAGUAAGAUACCGAUGAGUGUUCCAGUAUGGGUUUGAGAUUGGGUCUGGAUUUUCCAGAACCUGGAAAAAAUCUACAGCUAACACAAGAAAAUGAAUCCAUGCUACAUUAUGUAGCCUUCAGCUUGGUGGUGGGACGUGUUCAGUUAACAUAUCUGAUUAGGUUUCUCACCUUUAAUUAUCUGAAGUAUAUUUGUGAGGACCAAGAAGUUACUUCUUUGUUCCUACUAUAAAAACAUGGCAGUUUAUACCACACCACAGAAAUGUUAACGAGAACUUGCUUCAUCAUCUUCAGUAGUUUUGCCAUUGGGUUGAAAAUGUAACAUGGUCACGUACUCACUUGAAAUUAGAUUGCAGCUCCACCAGCCCAGAACAGAGAUAGAAUUCAAGUGGCUCCAGGCUAACUUUUCUCCUCAGCUCCAGAAUCUGUAUCUGGAGAGCAGACUAAGGUGCAGUCAUUACAUUACAUUACAUUAAUGGCAUUUGGCAGACGCUCUUAUCCAGAGCGACGUACAACAAAGUGCAUAAGUGCAUUCACUGCCAAUGCAACGCGUGAAGGUGCAUUUCAAGGCCAAAGAAGACACCCGUAGUCCUGAACUGCUUUACAUUACAAUUAUAGUACACCUUUUUUAAAUUCUGUGUAACAUUAAGUGAAUAAACACAUGCAUAAUGUGUUAUGACUAUACAAUGUGUUUCAUGUGUUGAUGUGUUUGUGUCCAAGAAUUAAAGGGGAACUCCAUUUGUGAUGAUUACUCCGCUUUAAGUGGUCAAAUACACAUUUGGAGAAAAUGUCAGAUGUCAAGGAUUGCCUUGGAAGUAAUGAAAGUAGGAAUGAGUCAGUGGACACGGCUUAUGUUUCAUAUAUUUUUGGAGCAAUUGUACAUCAAAUGAAUGGUGCUGUUAAAGAAGCACUGUCACGC